AUGUCUUUUGAGAAAUCUGCUGAGGCAAGUGCAGCAGUCGAGCGCCUGAAACACAGAUAUUCUAACAUUACAGAGGACGGAGUAAGUCGUGGUUUGAGGUUUAAACCUCGCUCAGACGACGUGUUCGUCGUGAGUUCACCUAAAUGCGGCACAACAUGGAUGCAACAGAUUCUACAUCAGUUACGUAGUGGUGGAGAUAUGUCAUUUGAUAGCAUUAGCGACGUGGUCCCUUUUAUCGAAUUUGCUUAUGACACCGAAAUAGAUCUCGAGGCUGAGCACAACUAUCAACCACGGUAAGAUUCACCACUGUGAAGCUAGCCUCGGAUUGAGCCUCACAUUCCACCUUGGAUUGAGCCUCGCAUUCAACUGUAUCCAAUCAUUCAAAAGUAGAUUACUUAAAACCUUUUCCCAGCUAUUUUUAAGGUAAUUUUUGUUACUACAGGGCCGUAGGAAGCUCUUUUCGAUUGGGGGGCUGAAAGCGAGGGCCGAAGGCCCGAGGAAAUUUUUAAAUUUAGAGUCUCUAAAAUGCCAUUUCCUGGACUUUGGGGGAAGAUUUAACAGAAUUCUGAUAGUCAGAAAACAGCGUUUUAGUAUGUCGAAAUUUACAGGAAAGUAUGGGCCAGACUGUAGUAUUAUAAAUGCGCGGCGGGAAUUUUCGUCGUAAAUGGCAGUUGCGCGGAAAUGAAGGCAGAACAUUUGAGAAAAUUUCGAAAAUCUGGAGUCUCUAGAUGGUCUGAAAUGGCAUUUUCAGAGUUUUCUUUCGCAAGACCCAACACGCAAAAGACAAAAUAAAUCAUUAGUUCAUCAAAAUGUGCAGAUUUUGUGGGAUUUUCUUGAAAAUGCGCGACAGAAAUUCAGCUAAAAUUUCUACGCGAGGAACGAUCUGGAGUAUGAGUAAUAUCUUCAUUCUUUGCAGUUUGUCACAGAUUAAAUGAUAAAGUUUGCAUGAUUUUGAAAAAAGAAUGAUUAUUAGCAAAUUAUUGGGGGGGCUGCACCCCCCCAGCCCCGGCCCUGUACUAAUCAGCAGUAACAACAUAUCUAUCCAUUGCUGGGGGGAAACUAGGAAAACAAAUCUAUGUGUGGGAGAAAUUUUUAUAUACUGUAGAUAUUUAGCAUAGACAAAAGAGUCUGGGAACAAGGUUGUAUUGUAAAAACUGGGCUGGACUUUCUGCUGGAUUCGGAAUUGGCCCUGGACUUUUUUACUGUAAGAUUUUGAAUUUGCUAAUUUGCUAUAAAUAUAGUUAAAAACAACAAGAACGAGCCAACGCCUUUUUUAACUCUAUCACUGGAGGAAUUCAAAGCCCCCAGCCCCCAUGGUGGCCCCUCCACUCAACCAUCCUCCCCCCCCCCGCCCUCUAGUCAAAGUCCCUUUUCACUAAAAUAUAUCAAAAUGGAAUUCAGAAGGGAGGUUGAUAUUCUAGUAACUGAAAUUUGCUUUGUGAAUCUUAUGUCAUGUCUCUUAUCUUCAAAUUAUUCAAUGUCUUUUUUAAAAUGCUAAACAUUGUGUUGUAAAUACAUUUUAAAAAUUUCCCAGUGGAUAGCCCCUAUUCCAGACCCCAUAGAUUUGAGUUGUUGGAAGGCUAGGCUGAGCAAUUAAUAGUUGGUAAUCGAGUUGUGGUAUUUACAUAAACAUACGAUGCAAGUACUUAAUUUACUGGAGAUUCAAUCUAUCGACAGUAUAAUGUAUCGCUGUAUCCAAAAAUCUGUUUCAGAAAACGCACGAAAUGCGGCUCUAGGUGUGGGAAAAAACGAAAAUUUUAUGGGGGAGUAUUCCCGCAGAUCCCCUACUAUUACAUACGGUACCACACCAAACUUUGUGUCAUGCCAACAAGUUAACAACCAUCUUUCAUCUCUCCACACUCAGUAUAGUAUAGUAUGGUCCCUUUUUGUGGAUGCCCCGCCCCACGGACGAAUUCUUAAAAAAGAUCCUGGCGUAAUGUACUUUGAUUCCCUUUAAUUUGAACUUUAUUUACAAAUUUACAAUGCUUGAUACUUCGAUAUAUAAAUCGUAUAAAAUCGUGUUCGUUCGUUCGACUCGCUCGUUUCGAUAACAACAACAACACUCGUGUUCAUCGGUCACGUGAUUUUUUCCAACUAAAUUCAACCAGUAACAAUAGCAUGCAAACCUAUUACUUAAUAUAAUAUUCUGCAUAUAAUUAUAACCUAACUCUAUAACUCAAAAUUAAUUAAUAAGUUAGCCAAAUAUGUGCUUGUUGCGGUAGACUGCGAGCGGUCCCUCCUUUCCGCGGGUUUAUAUUUCUGGGCUCUGGGCAUGCGAAAGAAAAGCAGGGACUGCCGACAACAUAUCAAGAAACGAAAUACGCGUUGCCCACACAACGCAAAAUUACCAUUGGUCGAAAUCGAUACGCCUGUCAAUCAAAUCUGAUACGUAGUAAUUAUGCUAUAAAUAAUUUCCAGACUAAAUGUUGAUUUUAUAAAUAAACAUGACAUUAACGGUUCCUAUUGGAUACAUUUAAUUGGAUAUAAGUAAUGUAUGGCAUGUGCUAAAACCUGGACGAUGGACUGGACGACCUGGACGAUGGACGUCCAUCGUCCAGGUUUUAGCAUUUGUGCUGAAACCUGGACGAUGGACGAUUUUUAUUUCGCUACAGCCGUUUCAACAAAUUCAGUCUCCGGCUAUCACUUUGUCACUAUAACAGGCCUUAAAAUAUCCAGUUUUACAGGGCCGUCUGACAAAAUGUCCGAUGACGUUGAGUUUGGGUCGGACAUAUGUCCGAUGACCUUCAGUUCAGUUUUGACUCGGAAUGACACAAAUGAAUAUCAGCACAAUGUAUUAAUUCUAAACGGUAAAUGUUGUGAAGAUAUUAAAUAAUUUGUGUCAUUCAUACUUAUUCCCAAGCCAAAAUUAACUUGCUUGCAAGAACAGAAGUAAGACUUCGACAACUUCAAACCCGUUUUCCACUUCACCAUUUCGCUAGCACGUCGCCGCCCCGCGCUCGAUCAGCCUACGUUAAAAAAUUUCCAUGCAGUUUACUUUUUAUACAAUACUCAAUUGUCCUUUAUUUUCCAUUUACCAUACGAGCCUUACUGCGGAUUGAUUUACGUUGGACAAAGCUACAGUUCGGUCGGACACCAAUACACUCGGGUCGGACAAACAGUAAACCCCAGUUUCACUUAUGUCGGACAGAAUGUCCGGUGGCUUCCUCACUACGUCGGACAAUUUCACGAAUGGGUCGGACCAAUCUCCGUGACCGACCGAUAUUUUAAAGGCCUGUCACUAUACUAUCAAUUUGAGAGUUUGGGUAAUGGUCGAGUGUCGAGGGUCAUAGGUCGAGGGUCGAGGUUCGGAAGUCGAGGUCGAGGGUCAAAAGUCGAGGUCGAGGGUCAAAAGUUGAGGGUCGAAAGUCGAAAAUACUAAAUUUUUAUCCAUUUUAAAAGUUUUACAACCAUUAAACGCGGCAAAACAAUUAGUUUGGCUGUCAAAACUGAAACAUUUCGCCUAUAGCUAUGCCGUAUGGCUAUGUACAGUAAAACUGAAAGUUUCGUUUGUGGAACUAAAAGUCUGAUGCGAGGUUUGAUGUUUGAAAGCAUACAUUUUACAUUGGAGUUUAGAAUAUACAAACACGGACGAUUAUACAAAAAUGGCGUUUCACUCUCAUGAGAAACUGAUUAUAGCCUAUAGGUAAUAUGUUAUCUCUUGGACUUGGACUUGGACUUGGACUUGGACUUGGAGGCGAAAGAGUUCUGAAAUUCUCAAAACUUCAACUUAACGAUACUCUUCAAACCGCGUAUGGUUUUGGAGGUUUAAAGCGUUAGGGACCAGAUUUUGCUGCGCUGGGACCCAAUUUGUUCUGAUAGUACAAUAAAUACAAUAUAUUUUCGAUUCACCCCACCGGCACCGUACGUUCUCGAAUAGUUUUAGUAAUUUUACACUUUCUAAGGCAUGUUCUGUACUAACAGUAAUAAAGUUAGUUAUCAGGAGAACCUUUAAAAUUUUGACAACAAAUGCCGAAAAUGUAGUAUUCUAGAAAUGUUUAUUAAUAAAAAACUAAUAUUUCCCAUUUUCGACCCUUGAAUUUCGACUUUCGACCCUCGACUUCUGACCCUCGACCUCGACUUUUGACCCUCGACCUCGACUUUCGACCCUCGACCUAUGACUCUCGACCCUCGACCUAUGACCCUCGACCCUCGACCUAUGACCCUCGACCCUCGACACUCGACCAUUACCCAAACUCUCAAUUUGACACACCUUAAUGACCUUACUUACUUACUUACUGAAAUUUGAUUGACAGUUCAUAAAAAUAGAAAUUAUACAAAUUUACAACAUUUUAAUCAAUCUUUCAAUAGACCUUUCCAAGGUUUCUACCGCCAUAUUGCAGGGGGUGCAAAAACAUUGGGGCGAGCGCGCGGCAACCAAUGGCGCCCAUACUAUUUCCUAUUGAGUGAGUGAAAAUUUCCUUUUGAUAUUUUGUCCUUUUUCUCAAAAAAUUUCUAUACAAGCAUAUCCAAUUUUUAUUUUUAGAUAAUCGCUGGGUUUUUUCCUGAUAUGUGGCCGAGAUUUCUUGCUAAUCGAAGGACAAGAAGUAAUAAAAAACGGCGGCUUUUGUUGCACAACUUGACCGACGUUUGAGCGAUGAUUCUUGUUAUUUCAUUUGUUUAACCGAUCUUUGGAAGAAUAUUUGUCCAUUAAGUGUGUAAGUCCUUUGGUGUCCGCCAUUAUUACUGUUUAUAUUUGUAUAUUUGUACAAAAAUCAUCGCUCAAACGUCGGUCAAGUUGUACAAUAAAAGCCGCCGUUUUUUAUUACUUCCUGUCCUUCGAUUAGCAAGAAAUCUCGGCCACAUAUCAGAAAAACCCAGCGAUUAUCUAAAAAUAAAAAUUGGAUAUGCUUGUAUAGAAAUUUUUUGAGAAAAAGUACAAAAUGUCAAAAGGUAAUUUUCACUCACUCAAUAGGAAAUAGUAUGGGCGCCAUUGGUGGCCGCGCGCUCGCCCCAAUGUUUUUACACCCCCUGCAAUAUGGUGGUAGAAACCUUGGAAAGGCCUAUUCUCAACGCGGCCUGUUGAUUAUCGUAAAUCUAUUGUUCUACAUUCGAUAUUUUCUGCAUUUCCACGCAAACGAGAAAGAAUGUUGGCUAUUUUUGCGCUUUUUCAUGUAUAUGAUUAGCGUAUCAUCUUGCCACAAAUCCAACGCUACUUUACACAAAAGCCAUUGUUUGUUACAAGUAUUGCAAUAUUAGUAUUAUUAUUAAUACACAGCGACAUAUACAAUAAAUGACAACAAAGUACAGGAGCGGAAGUGUGCGGGUUUUAGUGUUUUGAAUUGCGGUAUAUUCUGCCUGUGAGUUUGUCCGUUUGUUAGUUUGUUCGCAUCAAACGUUUUGUUAAUCGCCUAGUAAAAUUCCUUGCACGUGCUCGAAAUUUAUUCAUUUUUGCAGAAAAAUUAAUUUAUCUUGUACUCUCAGGAUCGACUGUUUGCUAGGCUUUAUCUCUAGUUUUAUGGGCCAAACAAGGACAACAAUACCACUGUUCGUAUCAGCGUGAAAACUUGUAUUUACGGAUGGAAAAUUGAUUUCAAAAUUGAUUUCUAUUCUUGCGAUUUAUGGCCUUUGAAGGACAAGCCGCUCAAAAUAAUCUUUCACGUUUUCCGAAUUCCUUUUUUCGAGGAAAGUUUUCUUUCGAAUUAAUCUCGGACUCACACGAAUGACUUUUUGCUGCGCCUUAUCUCUGGUUUUAUGCACCCAAUAAGGACAAAAAUACCACCGUUCGAUUUAGCGUACGAAAUUGUACUUACUACGGAUGUCAAAUGUAUUACUAAACAACAGAAUUCUAGCGAUUUAUGGCCUUUGGAAGUCAAGCGUGAUUGCAUUGACAAAUUAAUCGCUCGAAAUUAUUAAACUAAUUAAAAAUGCAGUACGUUCGAUUCUUGGUAACUUUGGUAUCGUUGGUUUUCUCGUUUUCAGCCGUAUACCAGUCGAUACGACUAAUUUUUCUCGUCAUUUUGAUAGUAUUUUGAGCCCAAGCUAUUUUAUUUUGAAGGUUUUAAAGUGCAGUUUUAAUUAUCGAAAUUGUAUUGUUGACAAAUCGCUCAAAAUUAUUAAACUGAUUAAAAAUGCAGUACGUUUGAUAUAAUAUUGGUAUACCAGUAUAUUCAUCUCACUUUUCUCUUCAUUUUGAUAGUAUUUCAUGUGCUAAAACCUGGACGAUGGACGUCUAUCGUCCAGCUUCCAUCGUCCAGUCCAUCGUCCAGGUUUUAGCACAUGCCGUAAUGUAUAUGCAAAGGCAGAGCCAACUUGAGAAGAGCGAAAAGUGGGCGUAUUUCGUUUCUUGAUGUGUUUCCCUCCUUUCUCCCGAGGGACUGCUCGCGGUCUAUGUUGCGGUCAAGUUUUGAAGAUGCUCUCAACAGAAAAAUACAACAUUUAACUAUUUAUAUAUCAAACACAGAAAACAAGGUUUGAUGAACAACAAACGAAUAAGUUAUUUGAUGUGCGAAAAUUAAAUGUAAAAUUACGAAACUGACAGUCUGGCAUGAUUGCCUGGACUUAGCUUGUUUCGUUUGAUGCCAAACUUACAUUCACUUCGCUACUUUCACUACUCAUUUGAAACAAAUGGGCUACUAAGAACGCCUUGCAUGGGAGCUGAACUGUCCUUAAUGUAAGGUGUUAAUUAGUUAAUAAGCUUUUAGCUACGGAUCCAGAGUUCGUCUAUAAUAGGAUUUACAAACAACUUCGAUCAUUUUGUUGGCCAGUAGGAUCCUUAGAGAUAGUAACAGGUCUUGAAAUGAGCUGACUCGAUAUUGUACGGUGAAUUGCAGCUCUUAUAGCCGCCCAUGUGCAACUUCGUGUUAGGUCUUUGUUUUGAUUUGCCUUAACCUUGACAUAAAUAAAACCUCCAAAGAAUAGCGAUCAAUUCCGUAGAGGGCAGAUCACAAUUGAUUUGAUCUCACCAGUCGUUAAACUUUUUAAUUACCCACGUAGUUUGUUUUCUCGUGUUUUGGGAUGUAGAAUCUUCCUCGCGCCUUCGCAAAUCAUACUCAUCCACCUGAGAAGACUGGGAAUAGUUUUCUUCUUCUUACUCAAAACUUAACAAAAACAUAUAAUAGUUUGUUUGUGGAAACACCACGUAAAUUUAUUACUGCAAAUAGGGAUAACAGCCAAAAUUUCAAAUUUACUGGGGGACUCCACAAGUAGGCUAGUUUGAUAGAGCUCGUUAUUUAAAACAUAAUGGUGUUUGUUUCAUCAAAAUCGGUCAAGGCAAUCAAAAGUUACGGCAAUUUGAAUAUCGGAAUUUUAGUCCAAUUUUUGGAAGAGCGACACUGUAUAAAUAUAUUACAGCUGGGUGUGAAAUGUGGCACCAAAAUGCUUGGUUUUAAGUGGAUUUUUGAACAUAUUAUGUCAUAACUUUUAGACAUUUCAUCCAAUCACCACAAUAUUUUCAGAGUACAUUCGUGACAUACAGAGCAACAACACAGUGUAACAGUUGGACACUUAUCGUUGCCAUGGAAACCGUAUGA